AUGUUAGACGACACUGGAACUCAAUUGUACACUCCACAAGUUGUAGAACAAAAAAAGCCAAAUGUUAAACAAGAAUUUCAAACAAUUGAAGAGGCUUUUCAAUUUUACAAUGCAUAUGCAAGAGAAUGUGGAUUUAGUGCAAGAAUGAGUACUAGUAAGAGAAAAAAAGGAACAAAUGAGCUAAUAUGGAAACAGUUUGUGUGUUUUAAGGAAGGAGAGACAAAUGAACAUUAUCAGAAGAAAGAAAAACAUACAGUUCAAAGAUCUGGUGAAAGGAAUCGAGGAUUAGUUCGAGUUGGCUGCAAAGCUAAGAUGACAGUGGUUAAGAGUCAAACAGGACCAAAUUGGAUUGUUAGUCAAUUUGUAGAAGAGCAUAACUAUGCACUUGCUACUCCAAGCAAGAUACAUUUGUUAAGAUCUCAUAGAGUUGUAUCAGCUGCAAAAAGAGGUUUGAGCCAACAGUUAUCAGAAGCAAAUAUUCCAAUGUGUCAACAAAUAAGGGUGCUAGAAAUAGAAGCUGAUGGUCCUCAAAAUAUCGGAUGUGUUGAGAAAGAUAUAAGGAACUAUGGACAGAGGGAAGAAAAAAAUCCAACCUUUUACUUUAAGUGUGAACUCGAUGAAGAAAGCAGGCUUGUUAGAUGCUUCUGGGCAGAUCCUUUUGCAAGGAGAUCGUAUCAUUUCUAUGGUGAUGUAGUAGUGUUUGACACAACUUACAACACGAAUAAAUACGAUAUGAUAUUUGCUCCAUUGGCAGGAGUAAACCAUCAUGGUCAGACUGUUAUUUUUGGAUGUGCUUUGUUGAGUGGUGAAAAAACCGAAUUUUUUAUUUGGUUAUUCAAUCAAUUGUUGGAUGUAAUGCCGAGGGGUGCACCUCAGGUGAUUAUUACGGAUCAAGAUCCUACAAUGACGAAGGACAUUGCUCAAGUUCUUCCAUCAACUUGUCAUCGAUACUGUAUCUGGCAUAUUUUGAAUAAAUUUGCGGAGAAGAUAAAUACAAUGGUUUAUCGGGAUAACUAUCAUUGGUUCAAAAAUAUAAUUUGUAACUCGGAGACUAUUGAAGAGUUUGAGACUAGUUGGGCUGAGUUGUUGAAGAAUAGUAAUUUGGGAGAUAAUACAUGGUUGCGCCAAAUGUAUGAAAUCCGCAACAAGUGGGUUUCUGUUUAUUUUAAUCAUAUAUUCAAUGCAGGAAUGUUGAGCAGUCAAAGAGCAGAAAGUUCACAUGCAUUUUUCAAAAGGUACAUCUCAAACAAAAAUUCAUUGAUGGACUUUAUUGUAUGUUUUAAUAGAGCUAUUAAUCAUCAAAGACAUGAUGAGUUAGUUGCAGAUCAUAUUGAUGUGAAUGAGCAACCAAAGUUGAAAACUAUGUGCCCAAUGGAGACUCAAAUGGUGAAAAUUUACACAAAGAGAAAUUUUAUAAUUUUUCAAGAUGAGUUAUUUGAAAGUUCUGCGUAUUUCUUAAGUUGCACGUUUGAAGAUGAUGAGUCUGUGUUUUAUAGUGUACGGAAGGCUAAUGGAAGUUGCUCAUCAAGGAAUAGACAGCUUAAAUAUAAUAAACUUUCAGAUUCUGUGUCAUGCAGUUGUAGGCUAUUUAACUUUAAUGGAAUUCCAUGUAGACAUAUAUUAGCCUACUUUCGAAUUAAACAAGUCAUGUUUUUGCCAAGCGAAUACAUUCUUAGGAGAUGGACAAAAAGUGCAAAAAUUGGUAAAGUGUGGGAUAACAAUGGUUAA